ACCACAACCUUCCGCCCGCCAUGGCGCAACAACAAUACCCCAAGGAGACGCAGUCCGUCAUCGAAGGGCCUGAAUUGGGCCAGACGAGCAAACCAUUCGUGCCCGCGAGGAGUCUCAACUCCGAUUACCCACUCAUUGACUCCGAUCCUCACUUCAAGCGCGUCGUCGGCUAUGCUCGCGGCUCCGAUUACCUCGCCGCUACCGCCUUCGCCGCAUCAGGACCCGCACUCAUGUACUGGUGGGAGCGCAUCUCGCCCUCGGAGGUCGGCCGCGGCGGCUUCGCUCAGAUUAUGCGUCUUUCCGGAUUCAUCAGCGUCACCGCGGGCUUCAUGCUCUUCUAUAGCCGCUCGAUCAACCGAUUCUACGGCUUCAGCGAGAACCGCCGCGAGAUUGAGAUGGACAUGCGGGAAAUGACGGACCGAGUGAAGAAGGGCGAGCCACUGUACGGAAAGAGCACGCUCACAGAAUACAUGCAAGGUGCGGCGAGCAGGCAGAGCAGAUAUGCGGGCACAUUUUCGCAUGUCAUGCCGUGGUUCAACUUUGUGAACCACAACCAGCAUGGCGUGGAUACUGCAAAAUACUACAGGAACGCGGAGAGGGAGCUGGAGGCGGAGAGGAAUGGAAAGAAGUUGUGAAUAGCUGGGAGGUGAUUGCAGACACACUGGCUGGGAGAGGGGAGUGGUUGUGUACAGUGCGGAGUUACAGGGCGCUGAUGUGUGUGGAGUCCACGCAGCCAGAAGAGAUGCUACUAUGAAACCGCUGGAUAAGCGUCGUAGCUCGUAGUAUCGGGAUGCAUACUGAGACAACUCUACUGAACAAUGCCUCGUUUAGUCAUCGCGCAGAUCAACAGCAUACAAAUGUAUGCAUCGUCCGCCG